UUAAAUAUAUUUUUCCAAGGCAUCUCUCUGAACUCCGGUUACGAGCGUGGUUCCUCCGCAGCGCAGUGACGUGCAAUGAGUUCAACUGGAGUCGCCCAGAAGGUUUUGGAGGAACGUUGUCGGUUGCUCCCAGAGACGCUCCCGAGCACGUCCUGUGAGGUCUGAGAUGAUGGAGGCGCUGCCUGAGCUCUACGCUAUCUUCCAAGGAGAGGUUGCUACUGUAACAGAAUAUGGGGCAUUUAUAAAAAUCCCAGGCUGCAGAAAACAAGGCCUUGUUCAUAAGACUCACAUGUCAUCCUGCCGUGUGGAUAAGCCCUCAGAGAUAGUAGAUGUUGGAGACAAAGUGUGGGUGAAACUUAUUGGAAAAGAGAUGAAAGAUGACAAACUGAAACUUUCCCUCUCCAUGAAGGUCGUUAACCAAGGAACAGGAAAAGACCUGGAUCCAAACAAUGUUUCCCUUGAUCAGGAUGAGAGGAAAAAACGUACAUUCAGAGACUAUACUAGUCAGAAGAUCACUCUUGAAGCUGUCUUGAACACUGUAUGCAAGAAAUGUGGUUGCAAAGGUCAUUUUGCCAAGGAGUGUUUCAUGCAGCCUGGAGGUACCAAAUAUAGCCUGAUUCCAGAGGAGGAGGAAGAAGAGGCAGCAACAUAUGAAAAAGAUAAAAAGACCAGUCUGGCUGAUGAUUCUUCAAAAAAAAGAAAAAAGGAGAAGAAGAAGAAAAAGAAACACAAGAGUAAGCAGUCUUCCGAGUCCGACUCUGACAGCUCUGACUCUGACAGUGAUGGGGCUCAGCCAGCCAGCAAGAAGGCCAAACAUUCAGAGAAAGCCAGCAAGGCUCAGAAGAAGAAGAAAAAGAAGCAUAAGAAAAAGCACAAGGAGUGAGCGGGCACUCACAAAGGGGUACUGACAUUGUGAAUCCCUGGAAAAUGCUGCUGGGAGAGCAAAACUGAAUCGGUGCGUUCCUUGCUUCAAGUACAAGGAGUUUCCUUCUAAAACUAACGCUCAGCCUGUGGUGUUUGAGAUGUUGACUUUGAUGCUAGUUAUCCACUAUCACCUUAGACAUGGGCUGCCAUUUUCUCCCACCAAGGCCAGUGGGCAUGCCUGACAAAAUGGGCUAAUUAAACCUGUUCAUCAGUACCUCUCCCAUCCCGUAGCCUCGUGUUUUGCUGGGUAAAUUGCCAGUGCUGCGCGUGGCUGCUUUGGACAGUGUCAGCCUGCCAUAAGGAGCAUGCAUGACAUCAGCCCCUGGAUUCAGUUGCCUGUAAAAGGUGGAGCUCUGCUGCCUGGCCAUGCUUGCCCCUACCAAUCCCUGCAGAGAGCUCGAGGGGGAGUUGUUGCUGGACCCUGCAGCGAGGCUAUGUCUUCCUUACAGCUCUGCAUUCACCAGUCAUGGCUCUGCAGCUCAGGCUUGCUCCACACGUGGUUUGUUGGAUCAGUGUAACUAUGCGGUAACUGAAUCGCAGCCCAAUACUGUCAUCUCGGAACAGCUCUGAGAAAGGACAGCUGAUAUCUGUGCCGUUGCCUGUCUCCUUUCUCAGCAUAAGGCAGUAUUAUAACUACCUUCAUGCUGGAGAGACUUCAUUCAUGGUAACAGCACGGAGCCGAUUGGCUUUGGUAUAGAAACCCUCCCUCUGUUUCAUUCAUUUUAUCUGAAAACAUUUCGAGUGGGAGACUCAAAAGCAACUCAGUGAGUGGAGAUAUUUUAAAUAAACAUUGUGUGGUGUAUUUGCUGGCUUUGUAAAUGAUGGAAAAUAAAUUUCCCAGAUCUCCUGUU